AAUAACUUAAUAAUUAGUGAUUAGAGAUGCUUCCAAUGGGGGCGUGUUGUGUUGUGUGAUAUAAAUAAUGGUUCCUUGUAACCAAAAGUAACACAACAUAAUCUUCUACAGGUUUCUGAAACGAGCGCUUAACGGUUUCCUUCUUUAUUGGCCAAUUUUAUUUAGUUGCUUUCAUAGGAAGCUGUUAUUCUUUCUGGAACAGAAGAAGAAGAAAGAAGAAAGAAGAAAUUGAACAAAAAGGGUUUAAGAGUAUAAAGAACUAGCCAGAGUCUCUUCUAUUCAGUGGUCUCCGAAGCCAUCAUCACCUUGUUGUGUAUGGCAGCUGCUCCUCCAUUAAAUUGUGGGGCAGAGAUUUUGAUUUCUAUCAAACUUUCCUUAUUUAUAUACUAUCUCUGAACAUUUUGGAGAUUCUUUUGUCCUUUAACUUCUUUUCUGUAUCCCUCAUAUAUUGGGUCAGCAGAUCCUUAUUUGAUUGAGUCAUUAUUUGUGAUCACAGAGAUUUUGAUCAGAACAUAAAUUUGUUGCUGACACUUUUACUACUACAACUUGUCUUUCAAGCGUUUCUCAUCAACACCAUAAAGUAAGGAACAGAUUCUGUAAAUUGUUCAUCUUUUCAAAAAUUUUGUUAUCAAGGAAUUUUUCUUUUGCUAUUUACUCCCACAAAAAGAAUGAAAAGCUCAAGUAGUCAAUACCCUGUAAAUUCUGUUUCCAAGCUUUUCAAUGCUCAACUCCAUUUUGUUCGGUUUCUUACCUAUAUCUUGAUUCUGGGGUUUGGUGUCACCAUUGGAGUCAUCUUUAGUUUCUACCUUAAAGACUGCACCUUUAGUCUCCAAUUCACUCAGUUAUCAGUCUCAGCCUUACCCCGAAAAGCGUCUAUGCAGCCGCCGCCGCCGCCACCAGCGAUCACGGAAACACAGACGUCCAAUCACAGCCAUGUAGGAUUAAAGGAGUUCCUUAAGCCUCCUCCAAUCAUGCAUGACAUGGAUGAUAAGGAGCUUAUGUGGAGGGCUUCAAUGAGUGCAAAGAUCCCUGAGUACCCCUUUGAUAGAGUUCCAAAGGUGGCAUUCAUGUUCUUGACAAGGGGUCCUUUGUUCUUUGCACCUUUGUGGGAACAAUUCUUCAAAGGGCAUGAAGGGUAUUACUCAAUAUACGUGCACUCCAAUCCAUCUUUCAAUGCUUCACAACCUGAGAAGAAUUCAGUGUUUCAUGGCCGCAGAAUUCCCGGCAAGGAAGUGCAAUGGGGGAAUGUGAACAUGGUUGAAGCAGAGCGUCGCCUUCUGGCAAACGCACUCCUUGAUGUCUCAAACCAAAGAUUCGUUCUCUUAUCGGAAUCAUGCAUACCAAUCUUCAACUUCACAACCGUCUACUCAUACUUAAUGAACUCAACACAAAACUAUGUAAUGGCCUAUGAUGAGAACAGUCCGGUGGGUCGCGGGCGAUAUAGCAUCCGGAUGCUGCCGCACGUGAGCCUUAGGCAAUGGAGAAAAGGGUCCCAAUGGUUUGAGAUGGACAGGGAGCUUGCACUUGAAGUGGUAUCAGACAGAAAGUACUUCCCAAUUUUUCAGCAAUAUUGCAGAGGAUCAUGUUAUGCAGACGAACAUUACUUGCCAACAUAUGUGAGCAUCAAUUUUUGGGAAGGGAACUCUAAUAGGAGUUUGACCUUUGUUGACUGGUCAAGGGGUGGUCCACACCCAGCAACGUUCAUGAGAUCUGAGGUCACUGUGGAGUUCUUGGAGAAGCUAAGGAGCAAGAGAUGCCAGUAUAAUGGAAACAGUACAAAUGUUUGUUUUCUGUUUGCUAGGAAGUUCUUGCCUAAUACUUUGUCAAGGCUUCUCAACCUUGCACCUGAGGUCAUGCACUUCUAAUCCUCCUACCUUAGCUGCAAAUACACCACUUAUAACUAAAACUUCAUUAUUUAAUUCAUUCUUUUUCAUCUUGUAAACUACUUAUUUUUUUUAAUAGUUAAUUAUAAGAUAUAGAGCUAUGCCUA